AUCGCGGGUCUCAGGAGCUCUGCAACUCGACGUCCAGCUCCGUAGCUUUGCGUUCUCAAAUCAUGUCAGACCGCGAAGGACACUCUGGGGGGACAGGUGGGCCAGAUGAAGAUUUGUCUCUGCCAAAGGCGACUGUAGCCAAGAUGAUAAGCGAGCUACUACCAAGUGAUAUUACAUGUGCUAAAGAAACGCGCGAUCUGAUCAUAGAAUGCUGUGUAGGUGAACAUACUCAAAGUUUCACAUCAUCUCGUCGCAAUGCCAGUGUUGACUUCUUUUAAAUCGUCACACAGAGUUCAUUCACCUGAUAUCGUCCGAGGCUAACGAGAUUUGCGAGCAAGAGUCGAAGAAGACGAUAGCUCCCGAACAUAUUAUUGGUGCACUG